GAACAAAAGCAUUUGCGCACAGGAUUCAAUUCUGCCAUGGCCGGAUUACUCGAAUACGAGAAAUCCAUUUUGUUAGACAGUCACAAUGAAAGCUGCAUGGUUGUUUGUUCCGAAGGCCUGGAUCUUGACAACAUAAUCUACACGUCGAUCAAAGUGCACAGUGAUCCUCACAACUUAGUGCUGAUUUCCAAUUAUGCUCUUGAUGAAGCCAGGUACAUUUCCAAACGACUAAUGGCUGAGAAUGAAACCUACGUCCCUUUUAUCAUCACUGCUGAAGUUAGCGUUAAAGAGCGUAAGGCGGCCUAUUGUCGUGGAGGUGUUGUCUUUGUCAGUUCUCGAAUCCUGGUUGUUGAUCUCCUUAGAGGCACCAUGCCCGUCAGUCUGGUGACUGGCGUCAUCGUUCUUCGCUGUCAUCGUCUUCAUGAGGCCAGUCAAGAGUCCUUUAUGGUGCGGCUACUCCGUGAGAAGAAUCCUGACAUAUUUGUGAUGGCCUUCACGGACAAUCCUGUGGCUCUGAUGUCCGGGUACAAUAGGGUGGAGUUCAUGAUGAAUCAAUUCACUUUGUAG